AUGUUAAAUGCACUUAACAGUUUAUCGGAAAAUCAAUCUCUUAUUAAAAUGCCUCCAUGGACAAAUAAAUAUCUAUUAUUUGCUAUUGCUUUAUCAAUGUCAUUACACAUGAUGAUUCUUUAUGUACCAAUGUUUAACACUGUUUUUCAAAUUUGUCCCUUAACAUUAGAAGAAUGGGCGGCUGUAAUGAAAAUCUCACUUCCUGUUGUAUUUCUCGAUGAAUUAUUGAAAUUUAUAGCGCGGCGGUAUAUAGACGUAUCACCAAAAAAUCGUGAAAUAAAUGAACUUGAAGACAAAAAAUAUCAUUAG